AGUUUAGCUUCACUACCGUGCCGAAAGGAGAAGGGUGGAUCUGACAGCACUGAGGAGAGACCAAAUUCCGUGCGCACUUUCCGUCCGUUUUCCGUCUGGCUUGGUUUUAUCGAUUUAUAUCCAGCAGAUAUAAACCAGCCUUGGAUAUUGAAACGGAACUGGGUUUAUAUACAGGACGGAGACAACAGAACUGUCUGGAAGAAAUACUUUACUCCGCGGAUUGUAAUACUACCUUCCUCCGGCAAACCACGAGAUGAGUGCGAAUGUCCCCUCAGAGAAUGCGUUUCUGUCUGCUCUACAGCCCCAUACUUCCGUGAGUACUUAUGCUGUCCCCUCCGAGGUCCAACUCGGACAUGGAGGCACAGUCUCGGACGAGGUCGCCAAGGCGAAGAGGGUGCAACAACAGGUUCAGAUGCGCCUCGCUGAAAAAUUUACGUCUUUACCACGGGCAAACGGUUCCAGCUCGCAUUACGCAUCAUCAGAGUAUGGUGGCUCCAAGAUGAAAUAUUCAACUUACAACCCGGGAUUCAGCUCCAAGUCCCACAUGUACACUGCGGGGAGCAGGACUAUUGCGGUCCCGCGGAUGUCCCAGAACUCGGCGGGCUUCUCCUCGCGGUCGGCCAUGGAGAUGGGCCCCCGUCUGAAGAUGAGCAUGGGGGGCGGGGCCUAUCACCACGACGACAUGCGCGUGGGCGGCGGCCAGCACAGCUACAAGCAGGUGAUGACUCGCACCAUGAGCCGGCAGGAGCCCGAGACGCUGUCCGUGCGCUCCCUGCGGCUGCACAACCAGCACCCCAUGCACAUCCCUGGCUGGAUGGGGCCGGGGCAGGAGGGCAGCGAGGGCAGCCUGCUGUCCGACCGCGACGCCACCUACCAGCGCCAGGCCUCCUACGGCCUGAGCAACGGGUACGCGCAGGUGCGGCAGGGGUCCGUGUCCAGUCCCGCGUCCGGGUUCGGCUCCAUGCGCCGCUCUCUCAGCGGGACCCUGGCGCGCGGGGGCGGCGGGGGCGCCCCGGAGAUGGAGACGGUCCAGCACUACCAGUCCUUCAAGGGCCCGGCGCACCGCACCAUCAACCGCAUCGCCAACCGCAACCGCCUGAGCAUGGGCUCGGUGUCGGGCACGGGCACGCUGCAGCAGCAGUUCUCCAGCGGCGGGAGCAGCUACGGCGGGGGCUCCAUGAUGGUGAUGGGCGGCGGGUCCCAGGGCUUCAUGCAGCAGGGGCCCGCCAUACACCGCGCCAUGUCCAUCAAGAGCAUGCGCAGCGUGGGCCGGGGAGAGGACGUGGUGGACAGCCAGAUGAUGGGCAGCAUGGGCAACCUCAGCGGGUUCAACAGCAUCGACAUGCCCACUGCAAUCAGCUACCUGACCACAGAGGAAGCGGACCUGAAUGUGCAAGGAGCGGCCUACAUCCAGCACGAGUGUUACCAUAACAAUGAUGCCAAAAAUCAGGUGCGGCUCCUGAAGGGGAUCCCCAUGCUGGUGCAGCUCUUCAACAGCGAGAACCAGGAGGUGCAGCGCUACGCCACUGGCGCCAUGCGCAACAUCAUCUACGAGAACCUGGACAACAAGGCCGCGCUGAUCGAGGCAGGCGGCAUUCCCCAGCUCACCUCUGCGCUCAAGGAGCAGGACGACGAGCUGCACAAGAACAUCACCGGGAUCCUGUGGAAUCUGUCCUCGAAAGACAGCCUGAAGGAGAAGCUGGCGAGGGAGGUGCUGCCCCAGCUCACGGAGAAGAUACUGGUCCCGCUGUCCGGGAGUGGAGGCUCUGAUGUGAUCCAGCAGACUCCCUCAGAGGCGGACAUUUUCUACAACACCACGGGCUGCCUCAGGAACCUGAGCUCCGUGAAUGAAAAGACGCGGGACCAGAUGCGUGGGACUACAGGCCUGGUGGAUGCCCUGGUGGGCUACAUCCAGAACUCCCUGGCCGAGAGCAAGGUGGAGGACAAGGGGGUUGAGAACGCCGUGUGCGUGCUGAGGAACCUGUCCUACCAGCUGUACGGCGAGAUGCCGCCCUCUAUCCUGCAGAGACUGGAGGGUCCCACCAGGGGGCAGGACAGUGGCAAUUACGAAGCCAUCGGCUGCUUCACGCCCAAGAGCAAGAAAGCCAAGAAUCGGCAGAACCAGGACCUGUCCACGUUCACCGAGGUGGCCAAGCAGCCCCGGGGCCAGGAGUGGCUGUGGCACCCCCAGAUCGUGGGGCUUUACAACCGCGUGCUGCAGCAGUGCGAGAUCAACACCACCACGCGCGAGGCCGCGGCCGGGGCCCUGCAGAACGUCACCGCCGGGGAGAAGAGGUGGGCGUCGGUUCUGAGCCGGGUUGCCAUGGAGCAGGAGCGCAUGGUGCCCGUGGUGAUCGACCUGCUGCGCACCCACAGCGACCUGGAGCUGCGCUCGCUAACGGGCUUCCUGAGGAACCUGUCCCGCCACGCCCGAGACAAGAAUGACAUGGCGACCAAAGUGGUGGGAAACCUGGUGUCCAAGCUGCCGAGCGACGGUCACCAGAAGGAGCCGUCCAGCGAUGUGGUGGUCAACAUUUGUGGGGCCCUCAACAACCUGGUCAUCGGCAGUAUGCUUGCCGCCCGAGAUGUCACCUACUUUGAUGGACUGCCAAAGCUGAUGAGCAUCAAGAGCUCCCAUGACAACAGCCCUGGGAAGCUGAAGGCGUCCAAAGCGGCGUCGACAGUGCUGUGCAACAUGUUCCAGUACAAGAAGCUGUACAGGGACUACAAGCAGAAAGGAUACACGCGCCAGGACUUUGCUGACAUGACCAUUUAAAACAGGACUGCUAUUGUUAUACUGUCACUACUAAAAACGAGCAGGCAUCGGUGGAAUAAAACAUUAUUCUGCCAGCAAUACAACAACUAACCUUACACUUCACUUUUAAACACAGAAGCACAAAUGUUUUCAAAAAUGGCAUCCAUACAAUUGAAUGUAACCAAAGGAAGUGUAAUUAAGGAGAAUGUCUCUAUAGAUAACUACAUGGAUGUGCUUUCAUUUCCCCCAUGGAUUCAAGCCCAUUUCUAUUAUUUUUCUUUCUAACAUGAAAGCAGUUACCGAGGGGGGCCAACAGCAAGUUGUGGUCGCAGGUCACUGAUACGGCACCCCCUAAAGCUUUGGCUCUGACUGUCUCCGAUUAUGUGAGCCUGACUGAGCUGUCCAAGGAUGAAGUCCUUCCGGAUUACUUCUGGCCACCUCUGUUCUGUUGGUGCGUUGUUAUCAGAGCGGGUUUCCUUAGUGAAUGUGUUAAAAGAACUGAAACACUUGGGACCAGGGUGGUGUGGCACUUCAUUCAUCAAACGUAUUUCGCUCAAACAUCUGAAAGAAUACUUUCCAUCGUUAAUAAGAACAAAGAAAAAAGCACCCUGAGAACAGUGCCGCAGCCAGGCCGUCAUGACCUCAGCCAAUCACAGCUCAGAUACACCAGCAAACACACAGAGUAGUGCUCUCUGCAGGGUUACCAAAACUCUGCAGGGUACGACUUCAGCCCAAACAAACCAAAAGGCUGUGAGCUGUGGUGGAUUUUUAAACCUAAUGCUACUGAACAGUGACGCCUUUCAGUGACUGUUUCUCGCAUAUAUGAAUACCGACUAGAUUACUGUGAAUGAUAGGUACAGAAUAAAACUAUCAUAACCAGUAUGCACACUGGCCAUAGCCUUUUGUCAUAAUUACGUAUGAAUUCAUGAUCUGCUGUGAGGUCACAUGGACACUCAGUCUUUAUGCACAUUCAGCGAUUGUGACUUAUUGCGUAACGGUGCCUUGUACCAACAGUAUAAUUCUCAGUAUUCCACAAUCCCAUCCGAAUACUCAACGUACAAUUCAGGCUAAUUUCAAAGUAGUCAAGGGAAUUUUGUUAACACACCUCUGUUGAUAACUAUACAGUAUGUGUCUUUUGAAUUGCUAUAUUUUUGUAAGACUGGAGAGUGUAAUUAUGUGAGAUGUGUAGGAGAUGUGUAUGAGAUGUGUAAGAGAUGUGUUCAAAUGUAAUGCCACAAUGGUGUGGCUAAGUGGGCACAGGAGUGGGGAACUGUAUUGUAAACGAAUGUUUGAGACCGAGUGAGAUUGUAUGUACCCUUUACAUAUUUUUAUUUUUUUGGAUAAGCAUUAUGCAUGUGUGCUCUGUAAAACAGUGGAAUAUCAAUUUAACCAGCCUUGAAGAGUCAGCGUUUGUGUUCUUUUUAUUUCAUAAUUUCCAUUAGAUUUAACAAAUAAGAAUUUUUUUUUUUCUUUUUUUUUUUUUGCUAAAACACUGUGCCUUAAGUGAAAUACGUCUUUAGUGUGAAAUUUCAGUCAUUUGAGUGGUCUUUUAAAUGACUUGUUUCUCUUUAAUGAAGCUGGAAGGAACGUGAGUAUAAUAGAUGUCAAUCAGGAACUGUGGAUCUCACCCAAAGCAUCUUUACUGUUUCUGAUUGCAUGAGCUUCAAUUUGUAUGCACAGAUUAUCUCAAUAUGAUUUUGAUUUACUGUUUCAAUUAAUUCAAUAUUUUGUGCAUGGUACUCUUUGUAUAGUGGGUGUUAAUGUCUUUGUAGAUACUUUAAUUGAAAAGUAUUUUGUUUUUAAGCAGUCGUUUGAUACUUGGAUGUAACUGAGGCUUUAUUUUUUAUAUUGAAAACUAUUUUCUAAUAUACACUCAGAGGGCACUUUAUUAGGUAUUUAUUAGACUUAUUGGUCUACUGCUGCUGUAGCCUUUCUACUUAGAGGUUUGACAUGUUCUGCAUACGACUGCUGUAAUGCAUGGUUAUUUGCAUUACUGUCACCUUCCUGUCAGCUUUGACUGUUGUGUGUGAAAAUCCGAGGAGAUCAGCAAUUUCUGAGACACUCAAACCACCCUGUCUGGCACCAACAUUCAUUCCACGGUCAAAGUCACUUGGAUCACAUUUCUUCCCCAUUCUGACAUUUGGUCUGAAAAACAGCUGAACCUCUUGACCAUGUCUGCAUGGUUGUAUGCAUUUAGGUGCUGUCGCAUGAUUGCCCGAUUAAAUAUUUGCAUUAAGAAGCUGGUGUACAGGUCUACCUAAAAAAGUGGUCACUGAGUGUAUAUGUUAAGAUAUACUGACUAAUCUAAUUAUAAUUAAGAAUAAUAUAUGUACAAUACUGACUUGAAUGUUGAAUGUGCUGUUUGACUAAGGAGUGGUGAAUUUAUAGUGUUCACAACACUGUUGUUCUUACGUGUGUUUGUUUUCCAGGCAGAAAGUCGGGAUCUGGGCAGAGGGAAUAGACAUUGUGCAUUAUGUAUAUUUUUCUUACAGGACAAUAAAACAUCCCUGUUCCAGCCACCUCAAACUCCAUAGUGCCUCCUCAGAAUGUUUCAUUAGGCAAACAAAUGCGACUGUAACCCUUAUGGUGUCAUGGUCUCUCACUGGUCAUUUGUAAUUGUAAUUAUCCUAAUAAAUGGCAAAUUAUUUUAGAUGUG